AUGGACCCAGGCCGGCCCAAGAGCCGCACCGUGCCUGCUAAGGCAUUGUUUGGAUCGGGCCCGGGCUGGAUUCAGGCCCAUGACCAUCGGGCUCGGACCGACGAUGACGCCUCUGCAAAACGGCGUCUUCUGCACCAUCUCCCACCUCGCAAGCUCAUUUGGGAACCCGUGCAUGGAGAGAUUUCCCUUCACCCAGUAUAGGUGGCCAUCUUGUACACAUCCUAGUUCCAGUGGCUUCACCACAUCAGACGGGUUUGGGGUACGGCUAAUUAUGUGUAUCCGAGAGCCUCACACACGCGUUUCGAGUGCAGCCUGGGAACGGCACAUUUGGACAGGCUCUUGGGAUCACGUCUACGGGAACGCCAACCCGAGCUGAAUAUGACAGACAAGGAGUUACUGUUCUUGGAAGAGGCUGGCCUGUGCCAUGACUUGGGUCAUGGGCCUUUUUCACAUGUGUGGGAGUCGUUCUACCACUCAGGAGCCGUCAGCAGAGGCCUCGCGCCGGUUUUGAGCCACGAGACUAUGUCCUGUACGCUCCUUCGGCAUCUGUUGUCCGUUCAUGGUCUUCAAGAAAUCUUUGAUGACCUAAAAUUAGUCCAGGAUCUCAUUUUGGGUAACGUACGUGAUACCCCGCCUUCCCGACGAUUCCUCUUUCAAAUAGUCUGCAACCUCAACUCAGGUCUUGACGUGGACAAGUGGGAUUACUACCUGCGGGACUCGCACGCUGUGGACGUGACAUGUGGGUUUCAGUACGAAAGACUCGUAAGCAGCGCUUGCGUAGCGUUUGCCGAGCAUGGGGAAGCGCACAUCGCCUCCCGCGGAUUGACAACAGUGGAAGUUGCCAACCUGUGGGAGUGA